CUCUAAGCUAUCUCUAUGAACUAUAACAUUGUAGUUUAUUCUAUCUUAGUUGUUACAGAAUGGAGGGGAAAAUCAUUUCAUCCAUUUCUUCAUCCCUAAAUGAUUACUGCAUUGGAGUGAUGAUGCUUGCUUGCUUCAUUAUAUCAUGGAUAUUCAUUCACAGAUGGAACCAGAGGAACUCAAAAGGUCCAAAAACCUGGCCUAUAGUUGGUGCAGCAAUCGAACAACUACUGAAUUAUGAUCGGAUGCAUGAUUGGCUAGUAGAAUACUUCUCUGAACUGAAAACUGUCAAGGUUCCAAUGCCCUUCACAACUUACACUUACAUUGCAGACCCUGCUAAUGUAGAGCAUGUGCUCAAGACCAAUUUUGCAAAUUACCCCAAGGGUGAAACUUACCACUCAUACAUGGAAGUGUUGCUUGGGGAUGGGAUAUUCAACUCAGAUGGGGAAUUAUGGAGGAAACAAAGGAAGACUUCAAGUUUAGAGUUUGCAUCCAGGAACUUAAGGGACUUCAGCACCACUGUUUUCAGAGAAUAUGCUAUGACGCUUUCAAGUAUUUUGUGUCAAGCAUCUGUACAUCACCAAGAAGUAGAUAUGCAGGAACUGUUGAUGAGAAUGACCUUGGACUCCAUAUGUAAGGUGGGUUUUGGUGUAGAAAUUGGUACUUUGACUCCUGAGCUCCCAGAAAACCGCUUCGCUUGGGCUUUUGACACUGCCAACAUCAUUGUCACACUCCGGUUCAUUGACCCUUUGUGGAGAGUAAAGAGAUUUCUAAAUAUUGGAUCUGAAGCUCUGCUUGAUCAAAGCAUUAAGAUCAUUGAUGAUUUUACCUAUGGUGUGAUUCAUAAAAGGAAAGCAGAGACAGAGGAAGCUAGAGCAAGUGGUAAGAGUGAUCAGUAUCAGAUAAAGCAUGACAUUUUGUCAAGAUUCAUUGAGUUGAGUGAGAACCCUGAAAACAAAUUAAGUGACAAAAGCCUAAGAGAUGUGGUCCUCAACUUUGUGAUUGCCGGAAGAGAUACAACAGCUACUACCCUGUCAUGGUUUAUCUACAUGAUAAUGACUCAUCCCCAUGUAGCUGAUAAACUCCACUCAGAGCUCAAAACUUUCGAAGAAGACCGGUCAAAAGAAGAGGACGUUUCAUUGCUACCAUAUGACCCGGAGGACCUAAAAUCAUUCAACAAAAGACUAUCACAAUUUUCAGGGCUCUUGACUUAUGAUUCACUAGGAAGAUUAUCUUACUUGCAUGCAGCAAUUACGGAGACACUUCGUUUGUACCCUGCUGUCCCUCAGGACCCAAAGGGCAUCUUAAAGGAUGAUGUAUUGCCUGAUGGAACUAAAUUAAAAGCAGGAGGCAUGGUGACUUAUGUUCCCUACUCAAUGGGUAGAAUGGAAUACAAUUGGGGUCCUGAUGCAGCUUCCUUCAAGCCUGAAAGAUGGUUUAAGGACGCGUUGUUCCAAAAUGCCUCUCCAUUCAAGUUCACCGCAUUUCAGGCAGGGCCUAGGAUAUGCCUUGGGAAGGACUCAGCAUAUCUCCAGAUGAAGAUGACACUUGCCAUCCUGUGUAGAUUCUUUGACUUUCAACACACACCCAAGCAUCCCGUGAAGUACAGGAUGAUGACAAUUCUAUCGAUGGCGCAUGGAUUGAAGCUCAGUGUCACUAGACGUUCUUAAACUCUUCUUUGGUGUCAAGGUAAUAACUAUGAAUAAUCAUUGACUCC